CGGGCCCGGCCGGGACGCGCAGGCCGAGCGGAGCGCGAGCGCGAGCGCGGGAGUUAGUGGCGCAGCCAUGGUGGGACAUUUGAGCGAGGGGGCCAUCGCGGCCAUAAUGCAACAGGGAGAUACAUCCAUAAAGCCCAUCCUUCAAGUCAUUAACAUCCGUCCCAUUACUACAGGGAAUAGCCCACCCCGGUAUCGACUGCUUAUGAGUGAUGGGUUGAACACACUCUCCUCUUUCAUGUUGGCCACACAGCUGAACCCUCUUGUUGAGAAGGAGGAGCUGGCCAGCAACUGUAUUUGCCAGAUCAACCGGUUCAUCGUUAAUACCCUGAAAGAUGGAAGGAGAGUCGUUAUUUUGAUGGACUUGGAAGUUGUGAAAUCAGCUGAAGUGGUUGGAGUAAAGAUUGGGAAUCCAGUGCCCUAUAAUGAAGGACACGGGCAGCAGCAAGCAGCCCCUUCCCCAGCCUCCGCAGCCACAGCCUCAGCCAGCAAGCCCCAGCCACAGAACGGGAGCUUGGGAGCGGGUUCUGCUGUGGCUAAAGCUUAUGGUGCCUCAAAGCCAUUUGGAAAGCCUGCUGGAACUGGCCUGCUGCAGCCUUCAGGCGGAACACAGUCCAGAGUGGUGCCCAUUGCCAGCCUCACCCCGUACCAAUCCAAGUGGACCAUUUGUGCCCGUGUCACCAACAAAAGCCAGAUUCGUACCUGGAGCAAUUCCAGAGGGGAAGGGAAGCUUUUCUCCAUAGAGCUUGUAGAUGAAAGCGGUGAGAUCAGAGGUACUGCUUUCAACGAGCAGGUGGACAAAUUCUUUCCCCUUAUCGAAGUGAACAAGGUGUAUUAUUUCUCAAAAGGCACUCUGAAGAUCGCAAACAAACAAUUCUCAGCCGUUAAAAAUGACUACGAGAUGACCUUCAAUAACGAGACGUCUGUCCUCCCCUGUGAGGAUGGGCAUCAUUUACCCACAGUUCAGUUUGAUUUCACAGGGAUUGGUGACCUAGAGAGCAAGUCUAAAGACUCCCUUGUAGACAUAAUUGGGAUCUGCAAGAGCUAUGAAGAUGUAACUAAAAUCACAGUGAAGUCUAACAACAGAGAAGUUGCUAAGAGAAACAUCUAUUUGAUGGACAAGUCAGGGAAAGUGGUGACUGCGACUCUGUGGGGAGAAGAUGCCGACAGGUUUGACGGUUCUAGGCAGCCUGUGAUGGCCAUCAAAGGAGCCCGAGUUUCUGACUUUGGUGGGCGGAGCCUCUCUGUCCUAUCAUCUAGCACUGUCAUUGUGAAUCCUGACAUCCCAGAGGCCUAUAAGCUUCGUGGAUGGUUUGACUCAGAAGGAAAAGCCUUAGAUGGGGUUUCCAUCUCUGACCUCAGGAGUGGAGGCACCAUAGGAGGCAGCACCAACUGGAAGACUUUGUACGAAGCAAAGUCGGAGAACCUGGGUCAGGGAGACAAGGCGGACUAUUUCAGCACUGUGGCAACGGUGGUAUUUUUUCGCAAAGAGAACUGUAUGUACCAGGCCUGCCCAACUCAGGACUGCAAUAAGAAAGUGAUUGACCAGCAGAAUGGGCUGUACCGGUGUGAGAAGUGUGACCGGGAAUUUCCCAAUUUCAAAUACCGCAUGAUCUUGUCGGUAAAUAUUGCAGAUUUUCAAGAGAAUCAGUGGGUGACGUGCUUCCAGGAGUGUGCGGAGGCCAUCCUUGGGCAGAGCACCGCGUACCUCGGGGAGCUGAAGGAGAAGAAUGAGCAGGCAUUUGAAGAGGUUUUCCAGAAUGCCAACUUUCGAUCAUUUACGUUCAGAAUCAGGGUCAAGCUGGAGACCUAUAAUGAUGAAUCUCGCAUUAAGGCCACUGUGAUGGACGUGAAGCCCGUGGACUACAGAGAGUAUAGCAAAAGGCUGAUCAUGAACAUCAAGAGGAACAUGUGAUGGGAACAGCCCUCCUGGACCGCCAGAGUUGGAAAGUGAAGAAGGGAAAUAGAAUGGCUCUCUCCCCACCCUCCUGUGAGGGCUUCACAGUGCAGAGCCUCUGGGGGAGACCGGCACCCUGCUGGCUUUCUUGAGACUCGAGGGUAGCAAAAGACAGUGUGCUUAGCGGGCUGCGGGUAACCUUCCUCGGCAGCUCUGCACUGGCAGGUCGCGGAGCGCCCGUCCCUCCUGUCUUCAGGCUUUCGGCUUUACUAAGAUUUUGUUAUCUUCAAACAGGAAUUAUGGCACAUGUAACUAACCCUCCUCUGUGGAUAAUAAAUUAUGUAACUUGGGGUUUGCUUUUCCAGUGGUGGCACCUUUCUGUCUUGGGGGGCUGAGAGUGGGUGAGAAGCCAGGUGUCUAGGGGGUGUCUCUCUCUGGAAUCACAGGCUCAAUCUUUGCUGAGGUACCACAUGGUUGCUAAUGCUUGGAAUGGCAAAAGGGUAGAAUUAUUAAUCAAAGGCCUAUCCUUAAUAUCUGAAUAUCCUUCCUUCAGGGCUUAAUAGAUUUAAUAGACUGAGUCAGAUGGGUCUGAUAGUAAUCAAAAUUGUCUCUUCUGAGGAUGGCUGAUAAGCAUUGACUUGCUGGCCCUUAGGGACAUCCAGACAACUACAAAGCAUUGCUUGAGUUUUCCCUUGAAUUAAUGCUGCAUUUGGUUGCCAGGCGCACAUGUCUUUACCUGGACAUUUUUUUUUUGCAUUAGUCUAUUUCGUUUUUUAUUAAAGCUGUGUUAAAUAGAAUUUAAGAGAGAAGCCCUUUGUUCUCCUUGCUUUGUUUGAAUAAACAGUAUAUCUUUG